UUUAGCCAACCAACAGUAACCAGCUCUACAGCAGUCGACACCGUUCGUUAUGACCAAGUUAUGACAGUUUGUAAGGUGAUAGUAACUCUCUAUAUAGUGAUUGAAUAAUGAAAAUUAUGACCGUUUUGCACUUCUACGAGUGAUUUCACGUCUUGGUUAGUAACGGUUCACCGCGAGCAACUGCUACAACUGUAACCGUCCUAAAUUGGUUUUGACUACAGUUGCCUAGGUCGUUAGUGCUGCGCAUGGCUGUAUAUAACUAGAACUGUUCGAUUCGACCAUGGUGGAGGUUUUUGUUGGGAAAACUCUGCUCAAUAAAGAAGGGGAUCUUAUUGAUCCAGAAGAAACUCUCAAGAAUAAAGUAGUAGGAAUAUAUUUUUCUGCCGGCUGGUGCCCGCCUUGUCGAGAUUUCACCCCUAUUCUAUGCGAUUUUUACACGGAACUUGUCGAGGAGAGCGAGCCACCUGCACAGUUCGAAAUAGUUUUCAUAUCUUCUGACAAGUCAAGUGAUGAUAUGGUGGAAUAUUAUCAUGACAUGCACGGGGACUGGCUGGCCCUGCCAUGGACGGAUCAAUACAAACAUGAUCUCAAGAACAGGUACAAAAUCACAGCAGUCCCCAAGCUGGUGAUUGUGAAGGAGAAUGGAGACGUGAUCACAGACAAAGGCAGGAAACAGAUCCGGGACCAGGGCCUGGCCUGCUUCAGGAGCUGGCUUGAGGCGGCCGAAGUCUUCCACAACUUUAAAGCUUCCUAGACAUUCUAAAAUACAUAAUUCUACAUUCUAGAGCAGCUUCCUGCUCCUAACCCAUAAAGACUGUUCUUAUCUAGCUGUCUAUUCUAAACUUCUGCACUACAAUGCAAUACUGUCUAUAUUCUAAACUUCUGCACUACAACACAAUACUGUCUAUAUUCUAAACUUCUGCACUACAACACAAUACUGUCUAUAUUCUAAACUUCUGCACUACAACACAAUACUGUCUAUAUUCUAAACUUCUGCUCUACAACACAAUACUGUCUAUAUUCUAAACUUCUGCACUACAAUGACAAUAUUGCUUUUUUUCUAAUGAAUAGACAUGAGUGGCUUAUAUUUUCGAAAUACAUAUUUUGAGGCGUAUGGCUAUUUUUUAUAUUUUGUUUUAUAUGCCUUAAAAUGCACAAUAAUGAUUAAAUCCUUUGCUGUCUGUU